AUGCGAUUCGCCACCUUCGCUGCCAUUCUGCUUCUCGCCGUUGACGGCGCGCCGCUUCCGCUCGAGGAAGAAUUCAACGUGUUCCAAACGAAACAAGAAAGUCAUGAGCAACGUUUUCUUCGCGUCGACAAGAACAAGGACAAAAUUUUGAAUUUUGAUGAGUUUUUGCACAUGGAGCUUGCCUAUGUCGAAGCCAAGAAAGAGGAAUUCGAUACUCUUGACAAAAAUCAUGAUGGAAAAAUCACGCUUCCCGAAUAUGAGGAGCAUUUCCAUGAGGCUUCCAGCAAAUCCGAGAAGAGUCGAGCUGCCUAUUAUGGAAAAGUGUUUGAGGAUUUCGACGAGGACUUCAAUAUGGCGUUGAGCAUCGAGGAGCUCGAACGUGUGCUCGCCGAGCGUUUCCUAGUGAAACCGAGGGAGAACUUCCCGAAAUUAUUCUACAAAUUCGAUUUCGACCAUUCCGGAGGUCUCGAUUUGUCGGAGUACAUGAAAUUCGACGCCGGCUUUCCAUUUGAUCAAACCGAUCCAAUUGGUGGAGCGCCGCCAGCGCCAAAGAGCACAACGUCCAACGAUCACACUCAACAACACACACAGAUUCCCAACGACGCCGAUGUCGCCGCAAUCGCUGCUGUCCUUGCGCAAGCAAGCCCCACGUUCAACACAGCGCCGACUUCUGGCGCCGCCGCCGCGCCAAACGACGGCCAAAUUCAUCCAAUCGCGCCAAGCGGUCACCAAUCAUCAAUUCCCAUCAAAAAAGCCAAAGUCUAG